CACCCGCAGAAUCAGCGACUCAGGCCCUGGCUCAGCCAUGACUCCCUGGCGCAAAACUGACAAGGACCGGCAUGGAGUGGCCAUCUACAACUUCCAGGGCAGCAGUGCCUGCCAGCUCUCCCUGCAGAUUGGCGAUGUGGUGCGGAUACAGGAGACCUGUGGAGACUGGUAUAGGGGAUACCUCAUAAAGCACAAAAUGUUACAGGGCAUUUUCCCUAAAUCCUUCAUCCACAUCAAAGAAGUGAUAGUUGAGAAAAGAAGAAAUAUUGAGAACAUCAUCCCUGCAGAAAUUCCCCUGGCUCAAGAAGUGACAACAACACUUUGGGAAUGGGGCAGCAUCUGGAAGCAACUCUAUGUGGCCAGCAAAAAGGAGCGAUUCCUGCAGGUGCAGUCCAUGAUGUAUGACCUGAUGGAGUGGCGGUCCCAGCUCCUCUCAGGAACAUUGCCCAAGGAUGAACUGAAGGAACUGAAGCAGAAAGUCACAUCCAAAAUCGACUAUGGCAACAGAAUCCUUGAGCUUGAUAUGAUUGUCAGAGACGAAGAGGGAAAUAUCUUGGACCCUGAUAAUACUAGUGUCAUCAGCUUGUUCCAUGCACAUGAGGAAGCGAAUGAAAAAAUCACAGAGCGUAUCAAGGAAGAAAUGUCAAAGGACCAGCCAGACUAUGGAAUGUAUUCCCGCAUCUCUUCAUCUCCCACCCACAGUCUCUAUGUCUUUGUGAGGAACUUUGUAUGCAGAAUUGGGGAAGAUGCUGAGCUCUUCAUGUCUCUCUAUGACCCCAACAAGCAAAUGGUUAUAAGUGAGAACUACCUGGUGCGAUGGGGCAGCAAAGGCUUUCCAAAGGAGAUUGAGAUGCUCAACAACUUAAAGGUGGUCUUCACGGAUCUUGGAAACAAAGAUCUCAACCGAGAUAAAAUCUACUUGAUUUGUCAAAUAGUCCGAGUUGGGAAGAUGGAUAUCAAAGAGACGAAUACAAAUAAGUGCACCCAGGGACUGAGGCGGCCCUUUGGGGUGGCAGUUAUGGACAUAACAGACAUCAUCAAGGGGAAAGCUGAGAGUGACGAAGAAAAGCAGCACUUUAUUCCUUUUCACCCAGUGACUGCGGAGAACGACUUUCUACACAGCCUCCUGAGUAAAGUCACAGCCUCCAAAGGAGACAGCGGAGGGCAAGGCCUCUGGGUGACCAUGAAGAUGCUCGUGGGGGAUAUUGUUCAGAUCCGGAAGGACUACCCACACUUGGUGGACAGGACCACGGUGGUGGCCAGGAAGCUGGGGUUCCCAGAAAUCAUCAUGCCAGGGGACGUCAGGAACGACAUCUACAUCACUCUCCUGCAAGGCGACUUUGACAAGUACAGCAAGACCACGCAAAGGAAUGUGGAAGUGAUCAUGUGUGUGUGCACUAAGGAUGGCAAAACGCUGCCCAAUGCAAUUUGUGUGGGAGCUGGAGACAAGCCCAUGAAUGAGUAUCGGUCUGUGGUGUACUAUCAAGUCAAACAGCCACGGUGGAUGGAAACAGUCAAGGUGGCUGUCCCUAUCGAAGACAUGCAGAGGAUCCACCUGCGGUUCAUGUUUCGACAUCGGUCCUCCCUGGAAUCCAAAGAUAAAGGAGAAAAGAAUUUCGCCAUGUCUUAUGUGAAGCUGAUGAAGGAGGAUGGCACUACUCUGCAGGACGGAUACCACGAGUUGGUUGUCCUGAAGGGAGACAGCAAGAAGAUGGAAGAUGCCAGCGCCUACCUGACCCUUCCUUCUUACCGACACCACGUAGAAAACAAAGGAAGCACGUUAAGUCGAAGCUCCAGCAGUGUCGGGGGACUGUCCAUCAGCUCACGGGAUGUGUUCUCCAUUUCUACCUUGGUGUGCUCCACAAAGCUCACUCAGAACGUGGGCUUGUUGGGUUUGCUGAAGUGGCGUAUGAAGCCUCAACUGCUACAGGAGAAUUUAGAGAAACUGAAGAUUGUGGAUGGAGAGGAAGUGGUUAAGUUUCUCCAAGAUACUCUGGACGCCCUCUUCAACAUCAUGAUGGAACAUUCUCAAAGUAAUGAGUAUGACAUCCUUGUCUUCGAUGCUUUGAUCUACAUAAUAGGACUCAUUGCAGACCGGAAAUUCCAGCAUUUUAACACCGUUCUGGAGGCUUAUAUUCAACAGCAUUUUAGUGCCACCUUGGCUUACAAGAAACUGAUGACAGUGCUGAAGACUUACUUGGAUACCUCCAGCAGAGGGGAGCAGUGUGAGCCAAUCCUAAGAACUCUGAAAGCUUUGGAAUAUGUGUUCAAGUUCAUUGUUCGGUCGAGGACAUUAUUUUCACAGCUUUACGAAGGCAAAGAACAGAUGGAGUUUGAAGAAUCCAUGAGACGGCUCUUCGAAUCCAUUAACAACCUGAUGAAAAGUCAAUAUAAGACAACGAUCCUCCUGCAGGUGGCAGCUUUGAAAUACAUCCCAUCUGUCCUCCAUGAUGUGGAAACCGUCUUUGAUGCAAAGUUACUCAGUCAGCUGCUGUAUGAGUUCUACACCUGCAUCCCCCCAGUGAAACUCCAGAAACAGAAAGUGCAGUCCAUGAACGAGAUAGUCCAGAGCAACCUCUUUAAAAAGCAAGAAUGCAGAGACAUCCUACUUCCUGUCAUCACCAAGGAACUGAAGGAACUGCUGGAACAGGACGAGAUGCAGCACCAGGUUCAGGAGAAGAGAUACUGUGUCGAACUACUCAACAGCAUCUUGGAGGUCCUCAGCUGUCAGGAUGCGGCCUUCACCCAUGACCACAUCCAAGAGAUCAUGGUGCAGCUGCUUCGCACAGUGAACCGGACAGUCAUCACCAUGGGACGGGAUCAUAAGCUGAUUAGUCACUUUGUGGCGUGCAUGACGGCCAUCUUAAACCAGAUGGGGGACCAGCACUAUUCCUUCUACAUCGAGACUUUCCAGACUAGCUCCGAACUUGUGGACUUCUUGAUGGAGACGUUCAUCAUGUUCAAGGACCUCAUUGGGAAGAACGUGUACCCGGGAGACUGGAUUGCCAUGAGCAUGGUACAGAACAGGGUCUUCCUGAGAGCUAUCAACAAGUUUGCAGAAAUCAUGAACCAGAAGUUCCUAGAACAUACCAACUUUGAGUUCCAGCUGUGGAACAACUACUUUCAUCUAGCGGUGGCUUUCAUCACGCAGGAGUGUCUGCAGCUGGAGCAGUUCUCCCACGCCAAGUACAACAAGAUCCUGAGCAAAUACGGGGACAUGCGGCGUCUGAUCGGCUUCUCCAUCCGCGAUAUGUGGUACAAGCUUGGCCAGAACAAGGUCUGCUUCAUCCCGGGCAUGGUGGGCCCUAUCCUGGAGAUGACGCUUGUUCCCGAGGCUGAACUCCGGAAGGCUACCAUCCCGAUCUUCUUCGACAUGAUGCUGUGUGAAUAUCAACGGAGUGGGGAUUUCAAAAAGUUUGAAAACGAGAUCAUCCUCAAGCUGGACCACGAGGUGGAAGGGGGCCGUGGGGACGAGCAGUACAUGCAGCUGCUGGAGUCCAUCCUGAUGGAGUGUGCCGCUAAGCACCCAACCAUUUCCAAGUCCGUGGAGAACUUUGUCAGCCUGGUCAAAGGCCUUCUGGAGAAGCUGCUGGAUUAUCGGGGUGUGAUGACAGAUGAGAGCAAGGACAACCGCAUGAGCUGCACCGUGAACCUGCUGAACUUCUACAAAGACAACAAUCGAGAAGAGAUGUACAUCAGGUACCUGUACAAACUCCGCGAUCUCCACCUGGACUGUGAAAAUUACACCGAAGCUGCCUACACGCUCCUGCUCCACACCUCGCUCCUAAAGUGGUCAGAUGAGCAGUGCGCAUCCCAGGUCAUGCAGACGGGCCAGCAGCACCCCCAGACCCACCGCCAGCUGAAGGAGACGCUCUACGAGACCAUCAUUGGCUACUUCGACAAAGGAAAGAUGUGGGAGGAAGCCAUCAGUCUGUGCAAGGAGCUGGCGGGGCAGUACGAGUUGGAGACCUUUGACUACGAGCUGCUCAGCCAGAACCUGAUCCAGCAGGCAAAAUUCUAUGAGAAAAUCAUGAGGAUCCUCCGGCCCAAGCCAGACUACUUUGCUGUCGGAUACUACGGCCAAGGAUUCCCCUCCUUUCUGCGGAACAAAGUGUUCAUCUACCGGGGGAAGGAGUAUGAGCGACGGGAAGAUUUCCAGGUGAAGCUGAUGAGCCAGUUUCCCAACGCCGAGAAGAUGAACACGACCUCCGCUCCCGGGGAUGACGUGAAGAACGCCCCGGGCCAGUAUAUCCAGUGUUUCACUGUCCAGCCCGUCUUGGAUGAACACCCCAGGUUCAAGAAUAAGCCGGUGCCGGACCAGAUUAUCAACUUCUACAAGUCCAACUACGUGCAGAAGUUUCACUACUCCCGGCCCGUGCGCAGGGGGCCCGUGGACCCUGAGAAUGAGUUUGCUUCCAUGUGGAUCGAGAGAACCUCCUUCAUGACCGCCUACAAGCUCCCAGGGAUCCUGCGCUGGUUCGAAGUGGUUCACAUGUUCCAGAGCACCAUCAGUCCUCUGGAGAACGCCAUCGAAACCAUGUCCACGGCCAACGAGAAGAUCCUGAUGAUGAUCAACCAGUACCAGGGCGACGAGAGUCUCCCCAUCAACCCGCUGUCCAUGCUCCUCAAUGGGAUCGUGGACCCUGCCGUCAUGGGGGGGUUUGCCAAGUAUGAAAAGGCCUUCUUCACUGAAGACUACAGCCGGGAGCACCCCGAGGACCAGGACAAGCUGAACCGCCUCAAGGACCUCAUAGCCUGGCAGAUCCCCUUCCUGGGGGCGGGCAUCAGGCUCCACGAGAAACGCGUGUCGGAGAAUCUGCGGCCCUUCCACGACCGCAUGGAGGAGUGUUUCAGGAACCUGAAAGUGAAGGUGGAGAAGGAGUACGGAGUCAGAGAGAUGCCCGACUUCGAGGACCGGCGCAUGGGCCGCCCACGCUCCAUGCUGCGCUCCUACCGGCAGAUGUCCAUCAUCUCCAUGGCGUCCAUGGGCUCCGACUGCAGCACCCCCAGCAAGACCACGCCUGAGAGCUUCGACCUGGAGGCAGCAUCAUCCCAGCCGCCGAGGGCCGAGCCGGAGCCCAUCUGCCCGGGGAGCACCCUGCCCGAGGUCAAGCUGCGCAGGUCCAAGAAGAGGGCCAAGAGGAGCAGCGUGGUGUUCGCCGACGAGAAGGCGGCGGCCGAGUCGGAACUGAAGCGGCUCUCCAGGAAGCAUGAGUUCAUGAGCGACACCAACCUCUCGGAGCACACAGCCGUCCUUCCCAGGGGGUCCAUCCUGUCCCAGAUGAGCUUUGCCAGCCAGUCCAUGCCCACCAUCCCAGGCCUCACCGUCUCUACGACAGGUGUCCCUGGGACGGACGAGGCGGCCAACUUGUCCCCCCGCCUCAGCCAGACCUUCCUCCCACUCGCGGAGGCUGACAAGAAGACGCUCAAACGGAAGAAAGUGAAUCAGUUCUUCAAGACCAUGCUGGCCAGCAAAUCCCCCGAGGAAGGCAAGCCGGCGCCCGACGUGCCGAAUGCCGACCUAUGAGCUGCUAUUUCCACGGACACUCGUGGGACCCGGGAGAGAAGCUUCAGCUGACGGAGACAUGGGAGGGACCCUGAUGGCUCCAACAGUGAGACCCCCACCCCUGCCCAGCAUUCAGAUGGGACCCCGACGGCGGGUCUGCACCCCAGAGCCCGCUGAGGCAGGCCCCACAUCCUCCAUGCGGGCAGGCCACGGCAGCUCCUCAGUGGGCAGAUCAGUGGCAAGGACCCCCCGACCCCCCACCCCAGGUCUUGGCGGUACAAGACACCAGCAAGACGUGUCCCUGCCCAAACGCUGUUUACAAGCCUCCUUCUUGCCGAUAAGGAUCCUCUCUCCCUUUCACUGGCUGAAUCCUGGUACCUACCAGGGAAAAUCUCCCUUAAAAUGUGCUUGUAUUUCAUUUGUGAUUAACAAAGUUUCUGUACC